AAGAAGAGACAGCCUGAGAAUGUCAGCCUUCAACUGGCAGCCGUUUGUGUAUGGAGGGCUGGCCUCCAUCACGGCCGAGUGCGGUACCUUUCCAAUUGAUUUAACGAAGACACGCCUCCAGAUUCAAGGCCAGACGAAUGAUGCAAACCUUAAAGAAAUUAGGUAUCGAGGAAUGUUACAUGCACUGGUGAGGAUAGGCAGAGAAGAGGGGCUGAGAGCGCUGUAUUCGGGGAUUGCCCCUGCAAUGUUACGCCAGGCAUCCUAUGGCACCAUCAAGAUAGGCACUUACCAGAGCUUGAAGCGACUAUUCGUUGAACGUCCAGAAGAUGAAACCUUACCAAUAAAUGUCAUAUGUGGAAUUCUCUCUGGAGUCAUAUCCUCAACCAUUGCUAAUCCAACUGAUGUUUUGAAAAUACGGAUGCAAGCACAAAACAACACCAUUCAAGGGGGAAUGAUCGGCAACUUCAUUAACAUUUACCAGCAGGAGGGAACAAGAGGACUGUGGAAGGGCGUGUCCCUUACCGCUCAGAGGGCUGCUAUUGUUGUCGGCGUGGAGCUGCCGGUCUAUGACUUCACCAAGAAGCAUCUGAUUCUCUCCGGCCUGAUGGGAGACACCGUAUAUACCCAUUUUCUCUCAAGUUUCACCUGUGGUCUGGCAGGGGCCUUGGCCUCAAACCCUGUUGAUGUUGUGAGAACACGUAUGAUGAAUCAGAGAGUCCUUCGAGAUGGCACGUGCUCUGGCUACUCAGGUACCCUGGAUUGCUUGUUACAGACAUGGAAGAAUGAAGGAUUUUUUGCUCUAUAUAAAGGAUUUUGGCCAAAUUGGUUGAGACUUGGUCCUUGGAAUAUCAUUUUCUUUGUGACAUAUGAGCAGCUGAAGAAACUGGAUUUGUGACCAGACAAGGCUGCAUGAGACACGCCUCUGAAAAUGCUACCUUCUGAAACAGUAAAGCUUCCUGGGUUUCACUCUGCUUCUCACUGCUUGGCUCAUCACACAUUACAGGGUGUGAGUGACAGAUGAAGACUGGGCUCAGAUCGCUGUGUGUCGGCAUUGAUGUUCUUCACCAAAAGUUUAAUGGCAUAAACUGUAACGUCCAAACUCUAGUCUUUACCACUGAAGCACUCUUUGACAUCAAAGAUAUGAAAUGCUUGUCUCUUGCUAUAGAAAACUUGCAAGAAAAUCUGGAGCUAUGUACUAGUUUCUUCAGGGACAGUCACCCUGGGGCAUCCAGCUUGUAGCUGAGUAUCUCAGACCGCUCUACAGAAGCUCAUUGGAAUGGUAGAAUGGAGUCUCCAAGAGGGUAUUACUGUUCUGAACUCUUGGGAAUUUUUGCUUCUUAUCAGCAGAAAUGUGAAUAGAAACCUGGACUUUUCAACCCCAGGUAUAAAACAGUGCAGGAAAUAGAUCCUUGGAAUAUUGCACUGCUUAUAAUUUCCUAUUUUGGCAGGAUCUUUCACUUAUAAUAAGUGAUUUUAAAUCAUUGAGGACUUAACCUUUGUGAGGAAUUGUUACACUGUACCAGUAUCUGAAUUCAUGGUGAUGUUGUGUGUUGCCUUUUAAGGUUGCAAGGUCUGUGUUAUGGGGAGGUAUUUUCAAGCAGCUUAGAUUCUGUCUUAGGUUAUGUUAACAAUUAACUCUGUGCUUUUGUUUUGUGUGUGUGUGUUUUUUCUUGUUGUUUUGUUUGUUUUCAAGACAGGCUCUUGUUCUGUCGCCCAGUUUAGGGUACAGUGGCAUCAUCAUAGCUCACUGCAAACUCAAACUCCUGGGCUCAAG